GCCUGAUCCUGCGUAUUGCAGGCUGCGAUUUUUUUUGGUCUUGGCUAGAAGGGUGCAUGCAGAGGAGCCUGCCGUAUCUAUCGAGGUACACAUUAUCUAGAGCACUAUACAGUCGUAUUGUUGGGUCGAGGUCACUGCACUCCAGUAAGACUGCAAUGUCAGAAGCAGCUACAUCAUCUACCCCUUCACUUAUCGUGUCCGGAUCUUCCGAACGCGGUCAAGGUAAAGGCAAGCCUCGGGGUGGCGGUGGCGGAGGUUCUUCGAAACUGCGUGGUCUAGAGAAGGACUCUCCUGCUGUACGACUCUCAAAGACCCUGUCUUACAUCCUGCGUCACGGCGCGCAAAAGGAAGGGAUACCCAUACGCCCGGACGGCUAUGUGAAGGUUGAUGAUCUGCUCGCCAACAACCGCCUCAAAUCCCAAGCCGUCACGCUGGAAAUGAUACAGCAAAUAGUGAAGGACGACGUGAAACAGCGCUAUGACUUGGUCCUCGAACAGCCAAGUACAUGGUUGAUCAAGGCGAACCAAGGGCAUUCAUUACAGACCGUCAAGCUCGAGCUAAAGCCCAUACUGUCGCGCGCAGAUAUACCGACAGGCGUCACCGUGCAUGGAACUAUGAACCAUGCAUGGCAAUCAAUAUCGAAACAAGGCCUCUCAAAAAUGAAGCGCAACCAUAUCCACCUUGCGCAGGGGAAGGGCGGCAAGGAUGUAAUCAGCGGCAUGCGCCGGUCGUCCGAGGUAUUUAUCUUCGUCGACGUUGACCGCGCGAUUGCCGCUGGGAUCAAGUUCGAACUGUCGGAUAAUGGUGUGGUGUUGACGGAAGGUGACGAGCGGGGGUUCUUGCCUGUGCGAUUCUUCCAGAAGGUGGAGGAUGCGCAAGGGCAACCAUUGCCCGGCUGGUCGGAGGAGGAGUGUGCGCAGAGGGCGAAGGCAGCUGAGGCGCAAUCAAAGUAACUCGUGAUUUUUUUGCACAUCCUCGUUGCGGUGUUCUGAA